GCAAAAGUGAAAAGGAAGCAAAUUUUUUAUUGUUGUUGCGCGUCGCGCGCGCUCUUUAUGCAUACAUAUGCAUGUGUUCGUCGUCGUGUACGUAACGUGAGUGAUAAAAAAGGGCCAAAGUAAAGAAAUAAGACCAAUAACAGAAACAACAAUAAUAAUACGGUCUAGCACAAGUGCAGCGCGUCUAUUUGUUAAGUGUGAGUGUGUGUGCAUGGUUGAAGAGUCAGGAACAGACGGAAGUACUUUGGGGGGCGCUCUCUCUCUCUCUCCUUCGCUUCGCCUUCGCUCUCGCCCCAAACGUCUUUGGCUGCUUGCGCUUGAUUUGUGUUUUGUUGCUUUAAUGCUGUCGCCCAUUCUGCUUUGGCGCUGACAUUCGCUUGCAAUGGCGAAUCAGAAACACUGCACAAAACAAAUUUAAAGCAGACGCACACAGGAUUAAACAUUGCCGUCGUCUCUCCACUGCCUUAAAGUCUCUCACAAUCUUUAGCUAAAUGGCUACUUGACAUACACUAAUACACAUACGCCAACCAGGAAAUCAGUUGGUAGCAGCAGCAGCAGCAGCGACAAAGUGCAUGCAUUACGUAGCGCAACGCUUACGUUUACGUUACGUAGCAAAAUAGUGCAGCAGUUGUAGUAAAAGCGCGCUACUUAACGUGAGCAGAACAACACACUAACACACACACACACACAUCGAUUAAAGUACAAGCUGGACAACAACAAAAGUUAACGAAAAGUAUCCGCUUCCGCGUUGCGCCGUCGCCAUAAGCUUAAAAGCUUUAAGAACGGGCAAACAGAUAAAAUUCACUCAACGCCGCGUAUUACAACAAGCAGCAGAAGCAGCAGCAGCGCCGCAACUCAACGACGACGACGUCACUGCACAGUGGAGCAAACAGAUUGACACUCUUGUGGCUUGGACGACAGCAGCAGCGACGACGACGACGACGGUCUACUUAACACUUGGCGCGUUGCAUGUCCCAAAAUGAAAAUGCUUCCAGUACAGCUAUCAUUGAAUCCGCUCAAUCCCAGCAUCUGGAGCGAUGUCAUCUGGCGCUGCCCGCCACCACCAUCCAGCCAGCUGGCGGAGCUUAAAACCCAGCUGCCACCAUCGCUGCCCUCAGAUCCGCGUUUGUGGAGCCGUGACGAUGUGCUCGUCUUUUUGCGCUUCUGCGUGCGUGAAUUCGAUCUGCCCAAGCUCGACUUUGAUCUCUUCCAAAUGAACGGCAAGGCGCUCUGCCUGCUCACACGCGCCGACUUCGGACAUCGUUGCCCCGGCGCCGGCGAUGUGCUGCACAAUGUGCUGCAAAUGCUCAUCAUCGAAUCACACAUGAUGCAGUGGCAUCUGCCCAACAGUCCUGUGACGCCCACGGGCCGCUAUCCGCUCUCGCCUCACAGUCACCCGCCCACACCCACCUGGCCGCCACUAAACGCGCCGCCCGACAGCAGCAAUCCCUUCCACAGCAGCAGCAGCGCCAGCAGCACAGCCGCUGCCGCCCACAUGGCAGCGCAUCACUUUAUGGCGCCCAAUUCAGUCACGCUGAGCCCGCCACCCUCAGUCGACUCCCAGGCCAGCAGCCCGCCGCAGCCCACUGCCUAUCAGAAUGGCUCCAGUGCGGUGACGCCUACAAAUGGCAGCGCCAGCGGCAGCACAACGAAUGGCGUCCAGCCCGCAAGUGGCGUGCAACCCAUGAAGGGCAUCAGCAGCGCCAGCAGCAAUCACUCCGACUCCGAGGAGGAGUACGCCGAGGGCAAGACGAAUGCGCUGCCGCCGGCUCCGCUGGGCUACAGCGCUGGCAGCCCGCCAGGCACGCCCAUACACAAGGAUCUGAAGCCCAACUGGACACAGCAGCUGACCAACAAUUUUGUCAACACUUGGUCACAGCAACAGCAGCAGCAGCAACAACAACAGCAGCAGCAGCAACAGCAACAGCAGCAAUCUCAACAGCAAAAGCUAACGCUGGAUAACACUGGAGGCGGCUCUAUUGUUGCACCAGCUGGUGGCUCCAUCUCGGCGCCCACAACGCCCAGCUAUAUGUACAAGGCCAAGCGUGAGUUCUUCCCGGAGAACUCCGAGCCCAAUACAAAUGGACGCCUGUUGUGGGACUUUUUGCAGCAGCUGCUGAACGAUCGGAAUCAGAAGUACAGCGACCUGAUUGCCUGGAAGUGCCGCGAUACGGGCGUCUUCAAGAUUGUCGAUCCCGCCGGGCUGGCCAAGCUCUGGGGCAUACAGAAGAAUCAUCUGUCCAUGAACUAUGACAAAAUGUCGCGUGCUCUGCGUUAUUAUUAUCGCGUCAAUAUUCUGCGCAAAGUGCAGGGCGAGCGCCAUUGCUAUCAGUUUCUGCGUAAUCCCACGGAGCUCAAGAAUAUAAAGAAUAUAUCGCUGUUGCGGCAAACGACGCCAGCGACUGCCGCUGCCACGCCUGCAACAGCGCCCAAUCAACCGCCCAGCAGUCCCAGCAAUUGGCAGCAACAGCAGCAGCAGCAACAACAACAGCAGCAGCAGUCGCCACAGCGUCCUGCCUCGCGCAAUGCCGCGCCCAUGAAUCUGCCAACUGCAGCUGCAGUCGCUGCCGCCGCCGCCGCUGCCUACGGACCGCAGCCGCCUUCGCCGCUGUUUAUGCAGGCGUUCCAUUAUCUGUCCGCUGCUGCAGCUGGUCCGCCACCCAAUUCACCUGCCGCUGUAUCCUGUCAUACGCCCGGUGCGCCACAAGUUGGCGACAAGUUUCAAUUUCAUCCGCUGAAGCUGGAAAACGGCAGCGGUGGCAGCCAUAGUCCCGAUCAUGCCAACGAAGAUCUCAAGCCCACUGAUCUGAGCGUAAGCAGCAAGAGCGCCAGCGCCAGCAACAAUGAGGAUUGCUAUCCGCUCAUACGCAAUGCUGACGGCCUGACCACCAUUAAGCUCAUACGCUACAACGAGCAGCAGCAGCAGCAGCAGUCGGGAGUGGAGCAGGAGCAGCAAAGUGCUGGCUCACCCAAGCCCAUGGAUGCAUUGGAGCAGCAGCAGCAGGGACAAGCUGUGCCCAUGGACAGCGAUUGCAACAGCAGCGAGGAGACAUCAUCAUCAACGGCAUUUAGACACAUGCAACAGUAGAGAACGAAACACACACAAAUGACAAUCAAGUCCAACUUCCAACAAAUCCACUUACCUGAGCAACAACUGCAGCUGUCAAUUGGGACCAGCAACUGCUUCACACUUGUACAUACCACACACACACACACAGAUACACACAUACAUACACUUGCUUUUAGUAGCUGUCUAAAUCAUAGAAAUGCAUACACAUAUAUAUAUUUUAUAUAAAACAAACAACAUAUUUAUUAAGUUAAGCUCUCACACACACAACAACAACAUAAACAAUUUGUUUAAAUUUAAGUAGAUUUUUUGCUAAGAGAAACGGCGCAGCGCAGCCUUUAACAAUUUAUACAGAGUUAUGUGCCAAUUUUCUACAUUUAACUAAACAUUAAGUUCAC